ACUACAUUACUGCACUCAGCUCAUUUACCAUAGGAUCCCAGCACCAAAAUGUCGAUGAAGAGGAUACACUUUUUUAUGAAGUUGAUGAAGCUGCUUGGCAAAGGACAUCGAAUCCAUUCUUCAAGGAAAUGCUUAGCACAACUUUACGAGCAGAGAAAACUACAGGAAUUGCAGUGCAGAUCACUGUCAUCGCAAUUCGGCUACUUUGAACCUAUGCCAACAAUUCUAGAAGAGGACGAAUCAGCAUUUACCUAUUAAUGCUAAAGAAAAAAGAAUGAAACUACCUCACGAUACGGCAAGUCGAGCAAGGGCUAAAACGCUCUCUUCUUCUGCAAUAGCUGUGCCGCCUGAAAUGAUCUCUACGCAAAAUACGGGUUUUCGUCGACCUCAGCUCUCAAUUUUCACAAAGUCAACAUGAUGUGCAAUAUACAGUGUACCCAACGACUUCUGUCGAACGAUAAAACAUCAGUUUGCUGCGC